CAUGGACCAGGACUACGAGAGACGCCUGCUGCGGCAGAUUGUCAUCCAGAAUGAGAACACCAUGCCGGGUGUUGCAGAGAUGCGGCGCACACUGACACCCGCCAACUCCCCAGUGUCGUCACCUAGCAAGCAUGGAGACCGCUUCAUCCCAUCUCGGGCUGGGGCCAACUGGAGCGUGAACUUCCAUAGGAUCAACGAAAAUGAUAAGUCGCCCAGUCAGAACCGCAAAGCCAAGGACGCCACUUCAGACAACGGCAAAGAUGGCCUGGCCUACUCGGCCCUGCUGAAGAAUGAGCUGCUGGGGGCCGGCAUCGAGAAGGUGCAGGACCCACAGACCGAGGACCGCCGGCUGCAGCCCUCCACGCCGGAGAGGAAGAGCCUCUUCACGUACUCCCUCAGCACGAAGCGCUCCAGCCCGGACGACGGCAACGAGGUGUCCCCAUAUUCCUUGUCCCCCGUCAGCAACAAGAGUCAGAAGUUGCUGAGGUCUCCCCGGAAACCCACUCGCAAAAUCUCCAAAAUCCCCUUCAAGGUCCUGGACGCUCCCGAGCUCCAGGACGACUUCUACCUGAACCUGGUGGAUUGGUCCUCCCUCAACGUGCUCAGCGUGGGGCUGGGGACCUGCGUGUACCUGUGGAGCGCCUGCACCAGCCAGGUGACCCGGCUCUGUGAUCUGUCUGUGGAAGGAGACUCAGUAACCUCUGUGGGCUGGUCUGAGCGGGGGAACCUGGUGGCCGUUGGCACCCACAAGGGCUUCGUGCAGAUCUGGGACGCGGCCGCAGGGAAGAAGCUGACCAUUCUAGAGGGCCACACAGCACGAGUUGGUGCCCUGGCCUGGAAUGCUGACCAGCUGUCUUCUGGGAGCCGAGACCGCAUGAUCCUGCAGAGAGACAUCCGUAUGCCGCCCCUACAGUCAGAGCGGCGGCUACAGGGCCACCGGCAGGAGGUCUGCGGGCUCAAGUGGUCCACGGACCACCAGCUGCUUGCUUCAGGUGGCAAUGACAACAAGCUGCUGGUGUGGAACCACUCCAGCCUGAGCCCCGUGCAGCAGUACACAGAGCACCUGGCCGCCGUCAAGGCCAUUGCCUGGUCCCCACACCAGCACGGCCUGCUGGCCUCGGGCGGGGGCACGGCUGACCGCUGCAUCCGCUUCUGGAACACACUGACCGGGCAGCCGCUGCAGUGCAUCGACACAGGCUCCCAAGUGUGUAACCUCGCCUGGUCCAAGCACGCCAAUGAGCUGGUGAGCACUCAUGGAUAUUCACAAAACCAAAUCCUGGUGUGGAAGUACCCGUCCCUGACCCAGGUGGCCAAGCUGACUGGCCACUCCUACCGUGUGCUCUACCUGGCCAUGUCCCCUGACGGAGAGGCCAUUGUCACCGGGGCUGGAGAUGAGACCCUGAGGUUCUGGAACGUCUUUAGCAAAACCCGUUCAACAAAGGUAAAGUGGGAAUCCGUGUCCGUCCUCAACCUCUUCACCAGGAUACGAUAA